AUGGCAUAAUUAUUAAAAGCAUUAACAUUAUAGUUUACUAACCCGAUUCAUGAAGCACAAUAUUAAGAUUUCCUUAAUAAUUAAAGGCUAUUUUUUUUAAGAGCAUUAUUGUUUACUAUUAUGCUGUCCUGCUUUUUUGCUAUGUUGAUUUUUAUAGUUUAAAGCUAAUCGGCUGUUUUAAUUAGUUUUAUGACAGUUCUAUUCAUUUUGCAUAUGGUAUUUUUAUUCUUUAGCUAUAAACUGAUUUUUUGUUUAAGGCAUAUUAUGACAAUCUUAUUUGCUUCUUAUGUACCAGCUGCUUUCUCACUAGCCUAUAUAGGAUUUAAUGUGUAAGAUUUUUUUAUUAUUUUAGUCCGUUAUACGACUUUGGAAUUGCAUGCGGCAUUUUGUUUACCAGUGUUUUAUAAUAUUGUGACAAUAAAUUUAAAGUAAUAUAUGUUCUCAUCACUAAUUGGAUAACUUUAGUGUUAUUUGUCCCAUUUGAACUUGCAUAUAUUUAAUAUUUAGUUUAUUCAGUCUCAAUGUUUUUUUUAUUGGGUACCACUACAUAUUUAAUUGAACAUAAUAGAAGAUCAUAGUUUUUAUUUAGCCAAAAAAUUUAAUCAUAAUAGUAAAAAAAUAUUAUAAUUUAGAUCAAUUUUAUUUGAGUUUUCUAAUGAUUAUCUAUUUGCAAUUAUUUACAAUGAAUAGCAAAGAUGCUUUUAGCUAUCAUUUGCUAACAAACAAUUCGAAUCUAAAUAUAAAACUGAUUUGAAUGAAAAUAAUGUAAGGGAUUUUUUGAGAACUCAAAUGAUAAUUAAUCUAAACAACUUAGGCUCUAAUCGCUAUUUAUUAAAUAAAUAAACAAACAAAUAACUUAAUUUAGAAGAAUAUUUAUUCGAUUUAAUUUAAUAGAAUGAUGAUAAUCAUAAAGAGGAUAGAUAUUAAAUUUAAAGUAUUAGUGAGAAAGAAAAAUAUACAAUUGAUAUAUUGAGAUUUGAAUACACAUAAACUAUUUUCUUUAUUUCAAUAAAGAAGAAUUAAGCAAAAACUUAAAUAGAAAAAUAUGAAAAAAAAAUAAAAUAUUUAAAUGAAAGGUUUAAUUAAGUUCUUCUGUGUAUAGGAAGUAGAUUGGAAAAAUUAUAUAACUAAAUGAUAAAGCUUAGAUAUAGUUAAGAUUUAAAUACUGAUCUUCUUUUUUAAAAAUAAUAAUGUAAUAUAUAAUAUACUUUAAUUUACUUAAAAAACUUUUUAGUUUAUUAAGCAAAAAGAAAGAUGUAUCUUUUAAAAUAGCAAUAUGAAACACUUCUUGUUGAAAAAUUAAUCGAUGUUUUUUCUGAAUAUUUUCGAAAUUAAUGCUAUUUACACAAUAAAUCAUUCGUUUUGAUAUGCUAAAAUUAAGUAGAAAAGAUAUAGUUAAAUUUAAAUACUAGAUUACUAACUUAAUUGUUAAUUAAUUGUUUUAAUAAGAUUUUAUAAAUAUCUUAACCUUAGAGCACUAUUGAAUUUUAGAUUGAUUUAAAAGGAAUAUCAAAUUAAGUAUUAAUUGAAAACAAUGAAAAUAAAUCUUAAGGCUUAUAAUUGAUAUAAUUUUCGUAUACUUUUGAGCACAAAGAUAAAAUAGAAAAUAUUGAAUCAAAAUUUUAUUAAUAAAUAAAUUAGGACUCUUAGAUGCCAGUGGAAAUAGAAUGUAUUGUAAAUUUAAUCAUUCUGAAUAUUCUUGGUUCUUAAAACUUUAUCUAAAAUAAAUCAACAUUUUAAGAAGAUUAAGUGAAUUAUAAAACAAUUUUAUAAUUCUAUAUUUAUACUGAUUAAACGUAAUUGGAACCUUCUUUUACUAAAUUUAUAUAAAGGAGAAGUUUAGACUAUUGA